UCCAUUUAUAAGGCAACGAUUGUAAGAAGUCAAGUUAGUAACUUCACAGGCGAGUAACAUAUAUCAGACUACACGCGACCUUAGAAUCCAAAAUCUAUCACAAUGUCGUGUGAUUUUCUUGGAGGUCUUUUGCUUAUUGUUGCUGUACUGCAAAGCGCCGUCGGACUACAGCCCAGAGAAGUUUGCCUAUUGCAAGUUGAAGAAGGACCGUGCAAUGACGACAUCCAGCGCUAUUACUACAAUACAAUCACCCAACAGUGUGAAGAAUUCAGCUAUAGCGGUUGUAGAGGAAACGCAAACAACUUCAAAUCCUUUUUGGAAUGCCAGAAAACAUGCUUCAGGAUACCAAAAAUCCCCCAAAUCUGUCGUUUUCAAAUGGAAGAGGGGCCCUGCCGUGGCCUCUUCAAGCGCUAUUUCUUCAAUAUGACCUCCAUGCAGUGUGAGGCCUUCACUUAUGGUGGUUGUCAAGGCAAUGACAACAACUUUCAAAACCUUAAGGAAUGUAUGGAAUAUUGCAGACCUCCUAAAACAAUCCCUGUGAUUUGCAAUGAUAUUUUGGACAAAGGAAAGUGCUUAGCUUCCAUACCAAGGUAUUACUACAACUCUGCUACUAAGACUUGCGAGGAGUUCAUAUACACAGGAUGCGGAGGAAGCAAUAAUAACUUCAUCUCCAAACAAAGCUGUAUGGAUGUUUGUGGUAAAAAUGGGAGAAAAAGUUGGAGUCCCACUAAAAAGUAUGUAAGAGUUUCCAAAGAAUACCUAAGACGAGUAAAGGCCCAGCCACCAAGGGAGAAGUCCGCCAAAUAAUGGUUUAUGAAGUCAUUGGCACUGUACUGACAAAGAUUAUUGCACUGAUUUUACAGUAUUGAAGUUAAAGGCAGCAGUUUAUACACAUCUCACUCUGUGUAUACUGUAUAUGAUAUGGACUGUUUUUAA